UUCGCGCUGAGCACUUGGUAACCCUGUAAUACGCAGUCUUCCAGCGGACGCUCAAAACUCUUCUUCCCACCUACUUGGAAAUCACUUUCGUUCAAUUGAACCAGCGGUUGGAAAGUUCGUUUAAACAUCCGAGUAUUUGUUUACUUUGUGUUUAGCCGGCAUUGGCAUUGAAACAAUUACAAAACUUAUAUCACAAUCUUCUUGCAUGUGAUUCGACUGCCCCUCACCUCAAAUUUACUUUGACGCAAUCACGCCUAUUGUUAAUCGAACAACAGAAGCAGCAGCAUCUCUCUCGACGCUAUAAUAGCACCAAAAAUUCAAGCAAAAUGUCAUGCCCAGACUGUUACCGUGGUUCCGUCCACGAGGGUCAACCGCGUGGACAAGUCACUAAAGCUUACGGACUAGACACAUAUGUUGUCAAUCCAGCUGAUGGACGGCCUGCUAAAGGCAUUGUGGUUCUCCUCCCAGAUGCAUUUGGGUGGGAAUUUGUCAACGUGAGGCUGCUUGCGGAUAGCUAUGCCGACAAAGGAGACUUCAAGGUGUAUGCUCCCGACUUCAUGAAAGGUCACCCGGCACCAUUGUAUAUGAUGGAGAGCAUGAAGAUCGUAUCAAGUGAUGUUGGAAUCUUUACCAAAAUCCGACACGGGUUCCGCGUUCUAUGUGCUAUACUUCCUUUUCUCUUUAUCAAUUGGCCCUCUAAGGCAUGGCCCAGAGUAAAGGGAUUCUUUGAACAACUCCGCAAAGAAGAAGGCGCUUCGCUAUCAGUCGGCGCCGCUGGCUUCUGCUGGGGUGGCAAGCAGGUCUUGCUACUGGGCCGGGGCGAUAAAAUUGAUGGGCGGCCGCUGAUUGAUGUUGGAUUUACGGGACACCCAAGUCUCUUGAGUCUUCCCGCCGACAUCAACAACUUAACACUGCCGGUAUCAUUUGCAAUUGGUGAUCACGAUAGCUACCUUUCAGUAGCUCAAGCUGAGAAUAUCAAGGCCAUCGUUGAGGCAAAGCCCGAGCUAGCUCGAGGAGAAGUAACCGUCUACCCUGACUGUGGACAUGGAUUCUGUGUUAGGGCGGAUCACAAAUUUCCGGAUGCUGUAAAGCAGGCGGACGAUGCGACUGAUCAGUGCAUUGCGUGGUUUAAUACCCACUUCAAAACUUCUGCAUAACCGGCUCAGAGGCGAGGAGCCGUUUAUUCGAAUACACAUACACAUAUAUGUAUACAUACCAUAUAUUCUUACUUCACUGCUGCUUUUUUCAACAGAUUUAAUUUCAUAGAUGACACCAUCCAGCUGAUAUUGUGACGACUUCUCGCAAAGAUUAGCUUUCUUUCUUGAUG